AUGGUGUUAUUCAAACGAAAACCCGUUGUAUACCUUCCGCGACCUGUCAUUGAAGAUGACAGUUCCGAGGUCUGGGUCGUUCCGGAGUCCAAUGAGGUGUUCACUAGCUAUGAACCAUACCUCCAGCGGAUGGACUUCUACAAGCAGCGUCGGUUCAUUUGCGAGAUCACGGGCCACUCGGGGUUGACAUUUUUUGAGGCGCUCCGGAGCGAGAUGGAGGAAUCGCGCGAGGUGAACAACAUGUUCCCGGACGCGUUGAGAGAGCCCAUCUUGCGCAGGAUUCAGUUUUCAACGGUAUCGAGGGUUGACAACCUGGUUGAUGAGAUAUACGAAGAAUUCAAACAAGACUUUUAUCCCGGAGAGGCAGUCCUAAUUCUGCUGGAAGAUGGCGGUCGCCUUCAUGGUAUAAUUAGGGACAAGGUCAAUUUUGCAGAGCAGUUGUACGCCGAUGGAACCAUCAAAACACCAGCCUAUGCCACAUAUCUGGUCAAAAUUCUCGACCGGCCAGAUGAGGAAGCUCUGCUGGACCAGGACCACAUCACCCGGGAUCGGAAAUCGUUUACCAAGCUGAUGCUGCGCGGCUUCAUUAAAAACAAUGUCACCCGAGAGUCAUGGGCCGGCGCACCCUGGCUGGUCAAGGCUUCUGUUGCCGAGGAGUACAAGAUUCCGAUGGAGGUACCCAAACACCUCCAGUAUGGAGCCAGAGUGGCCGAAAAGAAGGCGAUGAAGAAGGCCGACCAAGAAGGCUUUUUCGGGUUCUUCUCGUCCCAACAGCUUCCCGAGUUGAAACCGGCAUUCAAGGGGCAAAAAUCAAAGAUGUCCGCACAGGAUAUGGCGAAAUCGCGAGAUGCUCAAUAUCAAGAGUACCAGCGGUCUUUGAAUGGGAACCCGUCUUUCCUCCUUUCCAACCCGGCAGCACGAAAAGGAAACAAGAUCCCUGUACCACCGUCAGUGAUCAUCAAAAACGAGAUGUCAAGACCUCCAUCACCACCACCGAUCAAGUACCCUAUUGAAGAUUUGGAUCUACCUCCCAGCUCUGACAAGACUCAUCGGCCGACCUUGAAGUUUUUGAUGCUGAGUGAGCAUGAUGACGAAGGAGAUGAGGAUCUCCUGCCUGAUGAUUUGGAAGUGGAAUCUGUAGGAUUACUCCUGGAGACCUGGGAUAUCCUGAAUGUUUACUGCGAGGUCUUCCAUCUCGACUCCUUUACCUUCGACGAUUUUCUCCAAGCGAUGCGUUUCUCCUCUGAAGAAAUUGACUGCGAACUCUUUGUGGAGAUGCAUUGCGCAGUUCUGAAAAAGCUUGUCAAUCAAAAGAAUGAUGCAGGCGGUGCUGUUCAGAUCUCUUUACCAGAUCUUCCAGUCGACGAAUCCGACAGCACAGAUGAAGAGAAGGAAGAGGGAGAGGAGGAGGAUGAAGAAGAAGAUACGAAGGAAGAGGACCACCUGGAUGUCGAGCCAGAGGUUCGAAUGACCACACGCGGAAGCUUGGCCAAGCAAGAAGCCGAUGAUUUGAAAGCACAAAUAGGUCGAGACUCGCCAGAUGAGCAAAAAAUCCAUCGUGCUGUUGAGAUGCUGGAAGACUAUGGAUGGAUCGAGCGUCUCCGGAACCGGGACUUCCGCAAUGGCGGAUGGGAGAUGGUCAUGGUCGGCCUCCUACACCAAUUGUCUGUUCGACCCCGCUUGGAGAAGACUUGCAACGACAUUCUCAAGCAUCUCGCUCCACUCGAUGAGGAACCUACGCAGCAGACUGCACGGAACCAAUAUGCCACCCUUGAUAUCAACUUGCGAGCAAAGGCGCUUCAGACGAUCUGUAUGCUGAGUUUGGAGACCAAGGCGAUCCGGAAUUACCUAGAGGAAUGCAGCAACCAGAUGACGGAGUUCCGCAAGGAGAAGAUUGAGCACCAGAAAGCGCGCAAAUUGGCUCUGGUCGAACUCCGCCAACUCCAUCAGGAGCGCAAAGCUCUGCAGCCGGAACGGGAGAAAUCCCCCACACCCGUGCCCGAAGUACUCGAGGUGGAGGAGGAAUUGGACGACUCAAAGAUGGCCGGCAUAGACGGGGACUCUGAAAUACCUGUGGAUACCGAGGACGAAGAGACGGCCCGGCCUCGCGCGUUGCGCGGAGGUAUGGACCGCGCCCUUGAGCGCAAGCGGAAGCAGGAAGAAGAGCAGAAGCGAAAGGAGCAACUGGCCAAACAGCCGAAGGGCUCCAAGCAGUACCAGAAGGUCCUCAAGAAGAUCGAGGAGCAGAAGGCCAAGAUCGAGAAACUCGAGGAGCAGAUUGAGGUCUGUGACAAGGAUCUACGUGAGGCGGACUGCCCGCGGACACGUUGCCUGGGGCUAGAUCGGUUCUGCAACCGAUACUGGUGGUUUGAGCGCAAUGCUAUGCCGUAUGAGGGUAUGCCGAACAGCUCAACGUCCGAGGCACGCUAUGCCAACGGCCGUCUUUGGGUCCAGGGUCCCGACGACAUGGAGCGAGUAGGCUUCAUUGAAGUGACGGAUGAGCAACGGAAACAGUACCAGAAGCAUUUCCAGACCACGCCCGCUGAGCGCAAGAAGCACGAAGAAGGACCGACGCACGUGUCAAACGCCCGUGAAUGGGGAUACUACGAGGACGGCGAAUCGGUGGACCAGCUGAUCGAGUGGCUCGACCCGCGCGGUAACCGUGAGAGCAAGCUGCUGAAGGAGCUCCAGCUCCAGCGCCACGCCAUCGUCAAGUAUAUGGACAACCGCAAGGCCUACCUGACCGAGACCGCCGAACGGGCCGAGUCCGAGGAAUUGCCCGCCAAGCGAGUGACGACGCGCACCAAGACCUACGUAGACGUCAACGAGCAUAGCCUCCGCUGUCUCCGCUGGCGGAAUACCACCGCCUUGUCUGAAGACGGACAUCUUCACGUUGACCCGGAGCGGCCACCCAAGCGGACCAAGCGCAACACCGACGACACGCGCGAGAUCACCAAGCCGACCAGAGGAGGCCGAGGAGGCCGGGGAGGUCGUGGAAGUCGUGGAGGGCGGGCCAUGACCCGGUCCGACUCGCGGCACAACUUUUAG